AUGCUGAACAAGACAGAGGUCAGUGAUUUCAUCCUCUUGGGCCUCACCGCUAGGCAGGGGCUGCAGCACUUUUUCUUCAUCUCCUUUCUCUUGCUCUACUUGACCACUCUCGUGGGGAAUGGGGCCAUUUUGACCUUGGUGGUGCUUGAGCCACGGCUCCACACACCCAUGUACUUCUUCCUGGGAAACCUGUCCUGCCUGGACAUCUUCUACUCCACAGCCACUGUUCCCAAGAUGCUGACUGGCUUGCUCUUUGGGCAUCAGCCCAUCUCCUUUGCUGGGUGCUUGGCCCAGCUCCAUUUCUUCCACUUCUUGGGCAGUACUGAAGCUGUGCUGCUGGCCACCAUGGCUUAUGACCGUUACAGGGCCAUUUGCCACCCUUUGCACUACGCCCUCGUCAUAACCCCCUGGACUUGUCUGCUGCUGGCCGCAGCCAGCUGGUCCUCUGGUUUUGUGCAUGCCCUGAUGCACUCAGUCAUGACCUCUCAGCUGAGUUUCUGUGGUCACAACCAUGUUCAUCACUUCUUCUGUGACAUCAAGCCCCUGUUGAAUUUGGCCUGCAGUAGUACCAGACUCAACAUGACCCUCCUCAAUGUUGUUCUAGGCCCCUUCAUUCUCAUAGUCCUCUCCUACUUCUACAUAAUUUCCUCCAUCUUCCAGGAAGUCCAGAGCCAGGAAGGAAGACGGAAGUCCUUCUCCACCUGUGCCUCCCACCUCACUGUUGUUGCAUUAUUUUACAUACCAGUGCUCUUCAACUACACUCCACCCUCCUCAGGAAGCUCUCUGGAAAGGGAUGUGCAAGUGUCUCUCAUUUACAGUGCUGUCACUCCAGCUCUGAACCCCCUGGUCUACACUCUUAGGAACCAGGAGGUGAGGAGAUCAGCCCUGAAAAAAAUGUUAGAGAAAAAAUUCUUUCCUGGAGGAAAGUGA